AUGGUCAACAAUAGUGAAUUCAACCCAAAAUAUUUAGUGCUGACUGGUCUCCUUGGUCUGGAGGCCCUGUAUCCCUGGUUCAUCUUGCCAUUCUGCUCCACAUAUCUUGUGGCCCUUUUGGGAAACAGUCUGAUCCUGGCAGUGAUCAGGAGAAAUGCUCUGCACCAACCAAUGUACCUCUUCCUGGCCAUGCUGGCCUUUGCUGAGCUUGGGGUCUCUGCCUCCACAUUGCCCACCGUGCUGAGCAUCUUCCUUUUUGGUGCCAAUGAGAUCUGCUUUGAAGCUUGCCUUUUGCAGAUGUUCUCUAAACAUUCCUUUUCCAUCAUGGAGUCAGGCAUUCUGCUGACCAUGACUGUGGACUGCUUUGUGGCCAUCUACAAGCCACUGCAGUACACUGCCAUCCUGACCUUACCCCGCAUUGCUGGUAUUGGGGCUGCCCUUGGACUAAAGAGUGUGAAGCUCUUGUUCCCACUGCCCUUUCUCCUGAAGCAUCUGCCCUUCUGUGGCCACAACACCCUCUCCCACUCCUAUUGUCUGAACUCAGAUCUGAUCCUGCUGCACUGUGUGGACACUCGCCCCAACAGCAUUCUGGGGCUGUGCAUCAUCACCUCCACCUUUGGGCUGGACUCACUGUUCAUUGUGGUGUCUUCUGUGCUGAUCCUCCACACAAUGCUGGGCAUCACCUCUGGGGACGAGCAGUGGAAAGCCCUCAACACAUGUGUCUCACACAUCUGUGCAGUGCUUGUGUACUAUGUGCCCAUGAUCAGUGUGGCUCUUGUUCACCACUUCCUGAAGCACGCUGCACCUGCUCUCCACCUACUCCUGGCCAACAUCUAUCUUCUGGUGCCUUCUGUGCUCAAUCCCAUUACCUACAGUGUUAAGACCAGGCAGAUUCACCAGGGAUUGAUCCAACUCUUCCUUCAAAGAAAAUAUUAG